AUGGCACCUCAAUUAGCACUAACCCACUCUUCACUUCUCCCCCUUCCUCCCUCUCCUACUUCUCUCGGUUUUGGAAGGAGUAAAGAUUCGAUUCCAAAAAGAGAGAUUAUGAUAAAAAGGGUAAAGAAUCAUACCAGGACAGCUUUUGCAGUCCAUUUUCUUCAUAAUUCAGCUAUCCGACUCACUACUGGUUCAUCUCCACUGUUUUCUGAUAAAGAAGAUCGCUUCUCACUCAGACCUCCUAUGUCUCAAAGAUGCAAUUCUAAGUUCUGUGGACAAGCAUUUAUAUAUCAUUCAUCUGGUUUCCGAAUCCCAGCAAAUGCGGAGAAGCCAGAAUGGUGGUGGAGGGCUUUAUCCUGUAUUCCCUAUCUAAUAGCAUUGCAGAUGUCUGCAACUGGGUUUUAUCUAGAACCUAUCAUUCAAAAAUUUCCAUUCUUUCAGGGUUUGAUUUUCUAUAUCCCAGGAGGUGUCAACCGAUUACCAAUCUGGUUUCCUAUGUUAUACUGCUAUCUGGCUAUUGUAGGAGUGGUAAAAAACAGGGACUUGCCCCUUAUCUUCAGAUUCCAUGUAAUGACGGGAAUGCUACUGGAACUUGCUCUGCAGAUAGUGUAUAUUUCAAGCAACUUCAUGCCACUUAUACACUUCCCGGGGGGAACAUUAGGGUCGUAUUACUGGGCUGGUGUGGCAUUGGCAUUUAUAUUUAUAAUGAUAAAGUGCAUAAGGUGUGCGCUUCUGGGAACAUUUGUGAGUAUCCCUUUGGUCAGUGAAUCAGCUUUCAUUCAUUCUCUAUUCGGUUUAGGAGGUUUACAACGGCCUUUUUAG